AUGGUUUACAGAGGAAAACCUAGUCCCGGGUGUGGGUUGUGCCGUGCGCGGCGUCGAGCGUACUCACCGAAUAAGUGCGACCGAGGCCGACCAUCAUGCUCUCAGUGUCGAAGAAUUGGCCGAGAGUGUCCUGGAUACCAAGAUCCCAACGCAUUACGAUUUUAUGACCAGAGUGAUGAGGUCGUUGCAAAAGCCCAGGCUCGACAAAAAACCCGCCAAAAGCCCAAAGAGCCGAUUCUCCUAACUCAACUCGCGCCCUUGUCCUUGCAAAACAUUUCCGAGUAUCCUGAAGGAUGGGCGACAUCCUACACAAUCGCAUUUUACAUCGGCACCACCGAAAAUCGGGGUAUACUGCCAUUUGUGCCGGACCUCAUAAGCAAAACUUCCUCCCCAGCUCUCGAGGCCACGGUCAAGGCCAUAGGACUGGCAAGCAUAUCCAAGAUUCAUCAACUGCCAAAAUUAAAAUAUGCUGCGGGGCAAGAAUACGGCAAGGCUCUUCUUGCCACUAAUUGUGCAUUGCAUGAUCCAAUCAUGGCAAAAUCAGACUCCACCUUGACGGCAGUCAUAAUGCUUGGCAUGUAUGAGGUUAUCGCAGGCUCCGGGUCAAAUAUGAUGGAAGGGUGGUUAAAUCAUGUUCAAGGAUCUAUGAAGCUGUUGGAAUUACGGGGCACAGGGCAACUGGAGUCCAGGAGAGGACUGGAGUUGUUCACACUGAUACGAAUGCAAAUCGUGAGUCAAGGCUCCAGAAAGGUUCCCACAACUCUAACUGACAUUAACUACAAGGUGAUAAGCAAUAUCUUCUAUAAGCGAAGGAUCUCCCCUGAAGUCGCCGCGUUGUCAGAAAUCGCAUGGUCUCGACGAAAUAAUGAAACUCAGGCCCUUGAAGAGUUCCUCAGAAUCCUAAUACAACUAGGAGAGCUCUCAGCUGACAUUCAUGGGAUCUUCAAAGAUGAAAAAGAUAGAGCUGCUGAGGAUCCGGAGCCAUUUAUCAAAAGGGCACUUUACCUUGAUGCUGAUCUAGUCUCAUGGUCAAUGUCCUUGAGCCCUCCCUGGCGCUACAAUGUUAUCGCUACGCCGACCCACCUUCGAAGCAAAAGUGAUGCGUAUUCGUAUUAUUAUGGAGACACUUACAAUACUUUCAACUCUGUUGGGUUUGCCUCUGGGUGGAACAACUAUUGUCAAACACGCAUCGUCAUACAGGAGAUUGUUCGAUCGCUUUGUAUGCGCUCGAUGGGAUCCGUAACAGCAGAUAUCUCCCAAAAGACGAUGAUCCUGGCUAACACCAUCAGUCAACAAAUGAUCAACUCCAUAUGUGCAAGCGUUCCAUACCAUUUCAAUUCGGGAGAGGUUGGUGUGGGACUUGCCUUCCGGCUUCUGUGGCCAAUUUUCAUCACGGCGAAUUGUGGGGCAACGACACCUGAGAUCAAGGAUUGGGCCAUGAAAACACUCGACCUUAUUGGAAAUACUACGGGGAUUCAGCAAGCCCUUAUGAUGUCACAGGCUGUGAAAAAAGGACACACUAUGACUUUAAUACCAGGGACUUGA